AUGGGUUGCAUACAAUUUAAAGUUAAACCAAAUGCAUCGGAGAAAUCUCACUCAAACGUCUCACAUGUUGAUAUUGUCCACGAUAUAUCAGAUGAUCCAAACAUGUCAAACAUAUCUUCGACAGUUGUUUAUAGAAAUCCAUUGUCAAUAUCAACAAACCUGGUUGUUUCAUCGGUCAUUUCAGAUGAAUCAGAAGAUUUAACAUCAUAUCCAGAAUCUGUCAUAUCAGAGACACUUGUUAAAUCAACCCAAUCAAAUAAUUAUCAUAAUCCUGUUAAUAAAGAAACUUCAAUGAAGUCUGAUAAAGCAACUUCACUUAAUAAGAUAACUAUUGCUUCAACAUCAAUCGAUUCAAACGAACCUUCAACAUCUAAAGAAAAUAUUUCAAAAACACAAAUCAAGAAUGCAAAUCUUUUGAAUAUUCCUCCUGUAGAUAACGAUAUUCCCAUCACAUCGAAUGAAUUAUAUCGAAUUUAUCAUCGUAUCAAUUCACCAUCGAUCCGCUCAGAUACUGUCCUAUAUCGUCGCAAUACUAACAAUCGCUUUUUAUCUGCUAGAGAAAAUGAAUUCGAUACAUAUCAAGAAUCAAGACAUAAUAAUGAUAAUUAUACCGAAUCAGAUACGUCUUUGCCUAAUCAUAAUAGUAUUAUCCGUACAAUAUCGACCGAUUCCGAAGGAUCGGUAACAUCUCAAGUAGAACCCUAUGGAAGUGUAUUUAUUUGUCCGAAACAUACAAAUUUUCAACAAAAACCUUCUAGUAAAUCAGAUAAGUCUGAACUAAAACAUGAAAAAUGUGAUAGUUCAGCAGUUGUAGAUAUGAAAGUGAUGACAAAAAAUUUGGUAACUGCUCUGAAAACGACAUCUGCUAAGUUAAGCAUUUCAGGUUUUCAUCAUAGUGGAGCUGUUAGUGAAACAGAAAGCGAUGUGGAUGAAUUUUAG